UGCUGUUGGGAAGCAUCACAAGAAGAGAGGGGUUGCAUGAAGAACUGAAGAUGGCAAAAAGUGAUGGCAUACACAUCUUGCAGGGUCUAUUAGUCUUUGGGAAUGUGGUCAUUGGGAUGUGUGGCAUUGCCCUAACAGCAGAGUGCAUUUUCUUUGUCUCUGAUCCCCAUGGUCUCUACCCUCUGCUGGAAGCCACAGAAAAUGAUGACAUCUAUGCUGCUGCCUGGAUUGGCAUCUUUGUUGGCUUUGCGCUCUUUGUUCUGUCUAUCCUUGGUAUCAUUGGAGUCAUUAAGUCCAGCAAGACCUUGCUACUUGUGUAUAUCAUUCUGAUGCUGAUCACUUAUGCAUUUGAAAUGGCUUCUUGCAUCACGGCAGCAACUCACAGGGACUUUCUCACUCCAAAUCUCUUCCUGAAGCAAAUGCUGGAGAGGUAUAAGAAGUCAGAGCCAGACAAUAACAAUGACAAAUGGAUGAUUGAUGGAGUCACAGAUACAUGGGAUAAAAUCAUGGUUCAGAACCACUGCUGCGGGGUGAAUGGCCCCUCCGACUGGCAGAAGUACACAUCUGCCUUCCGCAUCACUCACAACGAUGCUGACUACCCUUGGCCACGCAACUGCUGUGUUUUGGAUGAUCAAGGGUCCCCCACCAACCUUGACGGCUGCAAGCUCGGAGUCCCUGGCUACUAUAACAGCAAUGGUUGCUAUGAUGCUAUUUCUGGGCCAGUAAACACACAGGCCUGGGGUGUUGCCUGGUUUGGUUUUGCCAUCCUCUGCUGGACUUUCUUCGUCCUCCUUGGUACCAUGUUCUUCUGGAGCAGAAUUGACUACUGAAGGCCCAGGAUCCUCAGCACUGCCCUGAAGCACCAAGUGAAACUGCAUCUGUCUCCUGUUCCGUUUCCCUUGUGCCAUGGAGGAUUUGAAGUUUUCCCACUACCUCUCCCAUAUACACUUUUGCCCCUCUAAAAACUUGAUACACAGAGGUGAUAACUCCAGGAAAGAAUCUUCUUGUCCCUUAUUUGCCCCUUGUUCUGCAGCCUUAAUGCCUCCUGGCUGAGGCACAAUCCUUCUUUCUCUAUGCAAGAAAUCCUUGGAGUAUAAGAUCAGGAAGUGAUCUGAUUUGCUCUAUGAUACCAGCAGAAAGGAAAAUGUCCAUGCACAUUUGCUUCAGAAAAAUGUCUUUCUAAAACUAUGUUGAAUGUAACUCAUAAUGCUAAAGGCUCCAGCAAGGGCUAUGUGAGCAAAGCUGUAACCCCCUGUGACCAAUAAAGACAGAUGCUGCAAGGGAGAAGACUGCAGACCUCUCUAAUCUAUUUUAUUGUUCAGCUUCUGUUCCCGGUCUCUGUCACCCCUUGCCUUAGAAUAAGGCAGAUUCUCAAAGAGUUUAAGUGUGUCAGCAUUAAAGCAAUGUCAGGGAUAAAAAUCUGCUGCUUGUCAAGCCCUAAAUCCAAGCCUACCUCCCAUCACUGAUGGAACUACUGCAUGUGCUCCUACCUUCAGAAGUGCCAGCCCAGGAAAAGCUCCACUUGCUAACAAGCAACUGCUUCAAAAAGCUGUUAUGUAUUUCACACAAGAUUCAUGCAGAAUAAGUGGGGUCCUGUGCUGUAGCUGCCUUUGUGAAAGUGGCUGUCUCACUCCCUUAGAUUACCACUCUUCUUGCUUCAGCUGCCUACAUGUGUAUGGUCACAUCCCCUAUGUACUUCUCCUUUCCACAUACCCAGAUCGGGUAGGACAAAAGGUAAAUAAUGACAAGGAAUAAUUCCUGUGAAUAAAGCAAGCAAGGAGAUAACUGAACUAAAUCCAGUCCUUGCAUCAGCAGUUCCAGUUCUUGCUCUGCUCAACAGAGGCUGUUUACUUUGGCCCAGACUGAUCUGGUGUCUUUCCUAGUAAAUACUUUAAUAGUUACAUGUGUCAUGUGAAAUAUGCUCCUGUAUAGAGCGUUUUAAGAUAAAGCCUCUUCCAAAGGUGCACUGGUUCAGGUC